CACACAUAUUUGCAUCUUUACAAUAGAGUACACAUACACUUAGAUUUACCCUUACAUUGGGAUUUUGCAGAGAAGGAAGGAGUAGUUUCUGUGUUUUUGAACUCUUAUCGCAAGCUUCACACGACACGAUCAUGGGAUUUUCUUGGCCUAAAAAAUAGCGCAAAAAGGAGUAACAUGGAGAGUGACAUAAUUGUGGCCCUCAUGGAUACAGGGGUUCAACCGGACUUAGAAAGUUUCAACGACAAAGGGUUUGGACCUCCACCACCAAAAUGGAAGGGAUCAUGUCACAAGUUCCCCAACUUCACUGGUUGCAACAAUAAGAUCAUAGGGGCGAAAUAUUUUCAUUUAAGCGACGAUAUCGGCCCCGAGGACCAACCAAGCCCAAUUGACAUAGACGGCCAUGGCACACACACUGCAUCCACAGCUGCAGGAAGCCUAGUUCGAGGGGCCAGCCUUUAUGGCCUAGCUUCCGGCACGGCUCGAGGGGCCGUGCCAAGAGCCAGGUUGGCCAUUUACAAAGUGUGCUGGUCACUAGGUUGUUCAUCAGUGGAUUUACUAGCUGCUUAUGAUGAAGCCAUAGCAGAUGGUGUAGAUAUUAUCUCAGCAUCACUUGGAGGGCCUUCAUAUGAGCUUUUCAAUGACCCUAUAGCCAUCGGGACCUUCCAUGCCAUGAAAAAGGGUAUCCUUUCGGUCUGCUCAGCCGGCAAUGACGGGCCUACUCUUUCCACAAUCACGAAUGUCGCGCCCUGGAUAUUCACAGUGGCUGCCAGUACCAGUGAGAGACAAUUUAAGACAUUGGUGAGACUCGGCAACGGCAGAAAGCUCGAAGGGGUCUCAGUAAAUACUUUUUCUCCCAGCAAGAAGAAUUAUCCCUUGAUAAAUGGGGCUAAGGCAGGCAAUGGUACACGUAAUCCCUACCUCUUCCCAAGUUAUUGUGACUUCGGAACACUCGAUCCGAAGAAGGUUAAAGGGAAGAUUGUGUACUGCAUUGAUGAUGGUGGGGGUCAGGACAUGAGUGUCGCCGCAGCCAAGGGCUUCGGCACCAUCAUAAAUAGUGCUUCAUAUGAAGACACUGCCUUCACUUUUAUGAUAUCGACAGCAAUACUUAACAAUGUUACAUCUAAGCAGGUCACGAAUUACAUCAAAUCUACCAGGUCUCCAAAAGCUGUAAUAUACAAGUCUCACACAAUCAAUGUGACAAAGGCUUUUGUUGCCUCCUUUUCUUCUCGUGGGCCUAGUUGGCUUUCCCCAAAUAUCCUCAAGCCUGAUAUUGCAGCUCCUGGGGUGGAUAUCUUGGCUGCAUUUUCGACACUAACAACAGUUACCGGCAACAUUGAAGAUAAGAGAAUCUCAAAAUUUAACAUUAUUUCAGGAACUUCAAUGUCAUGCCCACAUGUAAGCGGGGCGGCCGCCUAUGUAAAGUCUUUCCACCCAACUUGGUCUCCUGCUGCCAUCAAAUCGGCUCUCAUGACCACCGCCAGAGCAAUGAGAAACAAGGCAAACCGGAACAAGGAGUUCGACUAUGGAGCAGGACUGCUCGACCCCAUCAGAGCCAUCAAUCCGGGCUUGAUCUACGAUGCGGAUGAGAUCUCCUACAUACAAUUCCUAUGCAAGGAGGGCAUCAACGUCACCAAUCUUCGCCACCUGACGGGUAGCAAGUGGGCCAACUGCUCAGCUGUGCCCCGAGCCCGAGGAUCCGACGGCCUAAAUUACCCUGCCAUGCAGCUCCAAAUGCCCGACGGACAAGAUCACGCCUCAGGGUUAUUCUGGCGCACCGUCACAAACGUGGGCCCACCAAAAGCCGUCUACAAGGCACGUGUGUGGGCCCCGCAGGGUAUGAAGGUUAAUGUGAGGCCUAACACAUUAUCAUUCACACGUGUGGGACAAAAGUCGUCGUUUAAGGUUAUGGUUAGUGGAACCGGGCUAGGGAAGCGGGUCCUGUUGGGCGGUUACUUAGUGUGGGAUGGGGCCCACCAUAGUGUGAGGAGCCCCAUCAUUGUAUUCCAAAAUGGAUUUAUGGGUUAGUUGGGGUCCUCUCGGAUUAUGGUUAGGCCAAAGUGGCUUUUUUUCUAUGGUGAGUUCAUGGAGAAAAAUAAUCUUAGGCACUUCUUCAUUCUAUGUUUCUUUAGGAUCGGUUUUAUUUUUUAUAAAUUAUUUCAAUUUGGAAGGAGA